GAGUCGAUUACGCACAGAUUAAAACCUCAGCCCUCGUCCCCAUGAUUCUCAUUAAGUGCCGUGGAUUCAUCAGGGGAACAGCGAGAUUUUUCUGUGAUGGUGUCGCUCUGGAUCCUGCCUCCUGCUGCUCUCCUCCUUCAAGCCGUAAUGACCGUUGUCGAAUCUCAGCGCAGUCCAAAUUAUAAACAUUACUCUAUCUGUGCUGUAAAAGGCUCGACGGUGACAAUGAGCUUCACUUAUAUACGUGCUCUGUUUGCGGUACCGAGCAAAGUAUACUGGAGCAAAGAAACUGCAGCGAGCUCCGAACCUCCUGAUCUGGCUUUAGAGCCCGAGUACAGGGGCAGGGUUCGGUACAGCAGAGUCAACGACCAAGGCUGGGCCCUCAUACUGAGCAACGUGACGGAAGAGGACCAGAGGAAAUAUUAUGCAGUGAUUAUACUGAACUCUGGGAGAAGGGUCGAAGGUGGACAAGGAGUCAACCUCACUGUCACAGCACUUCAGGGGGAGAUGAUUUAUGACACAGUUGUUGAGGGAAAUGAAGUUACUCUGACGUGUAAAACCACCUGCGGUCCGACUGAGACUCCAACAUUCACCUGGUACAGAAACGGGCUGGAAUUGUUCUCCAUUAACCCACUUCAUCUUCAAUCAGUCAGUAACAGAGAUGCAGGAAGCUACAGCUGUGGUCUGAAGGGACAGAGUUAUCGCUCUCCUGAGGUCACGCUUAACGUCUUCUACCCUCCGAAAAGCGUCUCAGUGUUCAUCAGUCCCUCUGAUGAGGUCAUGGAGGACAGUGUAGUGACUCUGACCUGCAGCAGUGAUGCUAACCCACCCGUCCAUAGAUACACCUGGUAUAAGGGAAAAAUCGCCAUUAGCAAAGGACAAUCUUAUUCCAUUAAAAAGGUCAGCUCUGAGGACAGCGGAGAGUACCGGUGUCUGGUUGAAAACCAAUACGGAGAGGAAUACUCGGAUGGCGCUACUGUAAAUGUUUUGUAUCGUCCGAAGGGAGUCUUGGUGAUCAUCAGUCCCUCUGGUGAGAUAGUAGAGGGUAGUUCUGUGACCCUGACCUGCAUCAGCGAUGCUAACCCGCCAGAGCAGAGCUACAUCUGGUAUAAGGAUAGAUAUGUAAUAGGAAUAGGAAAAACCUACAGCAUUAACAAGGCGAGCUCUGAGAACAGCGGAGUGUACAUGUGCAAGUCCAGCAAUAUAUAUGGAGAGGAAUACUCCAGUGAAGUCACUCUGAAUGUCUUACAUCCUCCAAAGAGCGUCUCAGUGUCCAUCAGUCCCUCUGGUGAGAUAGUGGAGGGCAGUUCAGUGACUCUGACCUGCAGCAGUGAUGUUAACCCGGUGGAAUAUGCCUGGAUUAAAGGAAUAUCAAUUAUAGGAACCACAAAGACCUACACCUUCAGCAAGAUCAGAUCUGAGGAGAGCGGAAAGUACAAGUGCAAGUCCAAGAACCGAUACGGAGAGAAAUACUCUGAGGAAUCGACUAUAAACGUUUUGUAUCCUCCCAAGAGAGUCUCGGCGUCCGUCAGUCCGUCCGGCGACAUAAUGGAGGGCAGUUCAGUGACUCUGACCUGCAGCAGCAAUGCUAACCCACCUGUCCAGAGAUACGCCUGGUAUAAAGGAGCAAUCAUGAUGGCAAAAAGGGAAACCUACGUUAUUAGACGGAUCAGCUCUGAGGACAGCGGAGAGUAUAAGUGCAAGUCCAGCAAUCAGUAUGGGGCGAAGUCCUCCAAAGUGACGCUAAAUGUUUUGUAUCCUCCUAAAAACGUCUCCGCGUCCAUCAGCGACCUAGUGGAGGGGAAUUCAGUGACUCUGACCUGCAGCAGUGAUGCUAACCCACCUGUCCAGAGCUACACCUGGUAUAAGGUGAACAAAAGCUCACCUGUAGGAUCUGGACAGAGCUACAGCUUCAUGAUGAGCUCCAACAGCAGUGGAGAGUUUUACUGUGUGGCUCAGAAUAAAUACGGGAGUCAGAGAUCUCCUGCAGUGUUUGUCAGGUUAUACGCAUCUUACUCUUCAGACCUCAGCUUCAGCUCUGUGGUUUUAAGCGUAGCUGUGUGUGUAGGAGGCCUCUGCGUCAUCGGAGCUUUUAUAAUCGGAAUUUACUGCGUGAGGAGGAAGAGGCAGAAAAGAAAUCAGGAGGUUCCUCCUGCUGAAGAUAGCACAUACAUGUCUCUUGAUCCCAUGACCAGGUCCUCCAACGACGUGUACAGCACACUUGCAGCGGGUCAGUGCAAAGCUCCUGACAACACCUACACAACCCUGGAUCCUCACUCCAUCUCUUCUGAUUACGACACAUUAACAACUGUGAGAAAGCAUCGCUGACACCAUCAGCACCACAGAGAGAGAGAGAGAGAGAGAGAGAGACUACACAUGUAAUAAUAACCUUGUUGUAUAUGAUUUUAAUAAGUUUUGUAUAGAUUUUAUUCUUCUAUGUGUUCAUUCUUUAACUGGAGUAAAAGCAACAUUAUUUCCUCUCAAGUCACACAUUAAACUGCGAGUCUGAAUCCUGACCUCCGUGUCCAUUAUUCUGGACAGAUGACAUACUUCUAGAGUGAUUAUUACUUGUUCUUCUCUCUCCUGUCAAUCACAGUGAUGAUAUCUAACUCCAGGCAUGUAAUGAUAUCAUGUAGACUACGUGGGCGAGGGCAGGUAGCCCCUUCCUCCGGGGUAAAUAAAGUUAACCAAAACAACGUACACAUUUUUGACUCUGUUCAUCAUCGUUAUUGCCCUGUUGAGUUUUCUCCACUACCUUUUUUUUUUUGCCUAGUCAUGGUUGACUUUCCUAACGUCUUCACCUGUUCCUUGUCACACCUUCAUUCACUUGUUUAUUUUACGCCUCAUGUCACGGGUGCUGCUUUGUUUCUGUGCUUCCUGCCCGUGUUCUGACCCCAGCACCUGACAUUUGUUGAGAUUUAUUUCUAAAGAAAACGCCGAGUUUACACGCUAGUCGCCCUGCUUAGAGUCGCCACACCUUACGGUUAUUACUGCCUAGAUUUUAAACCAAAGGAAGCUGAGAAGAAGAAGAAGACCUCACAGCUACUUAGAGAGAAGAACGGCAUGCAAAGGCUCUUCCUUCCUUCACGCUCACGUCUUUACAUGCAAAUCAACCUUCUCAGAUCCCAGAGCUCAGCUGUGUCUGGAGCCGAGCCUCAGGAUGUCUGUGUCAUGCAGGGAUGGAGAACAUCCUUAAAAAAGAAAAAACAACAACACUUGUUUGUUUGUUUACUGUAUUAAUGUGGAACUGUAUUAAUUUGGGUGUCUUUUGAGGAUCAUAACUUGCUAAAAGUCAACAAUAACAAAUUUUUCAGAUCGUACGAUCCUUUGAGAACAUCCAGGACAUUUUGCGUGCAGCUCACAUCUUUCUUUCGGAGUAAAAAAUGAUUUGUAAAUAAUUUGAGAUACAGAUUUAAUGUUUAUGUGUGUAAAAUAUGAAUUUUUCUGAAAGGGUGCCAAUAGAUUUGGGGGGCUGGACGGUGAAUGUGUUAAAGAGCUGCUGCAGUAAAGAGCAUGCUGUGUGUAUGAGGAAGGGAAAAGCUGGACCGAAUAAAUGACCGCUAAAUAAAUCUCAGAU